AUGAAAAAGUGGACCCAACAAGAAUCUGAUCUUCUGAUUCACCUAAAAUCCCAAAACCCCUCUGCUUCUUGGGAAUCCCUUCGCAAGCACUUUCAAAACCGUUCUUGUAGUGCCCUGUGCAACAGAUGGAGUAAGAUAGACCCUUCCUUCUCCAGAAGUCAGUGGACUCAGGCUGACAAGCAAGAGUUGUUUGAUAAGGUUUUUGAUAUUGUUGUUACUAGUGCUGAACAGAUUGCGGAGACAUUGGGGGUGAAGAGGCAUAAGGCUGAUGUGACCAAGCAGGUAGGGAAGAUAAGGGAGGUGGCUGCGAGAGGGUAUCUGGGAUGUGAGUACAAGCUCAAGGGGGAAAGGAAGAGGGGGAGGAAUAAGGAGGGGGAGACUGCAGCAACAGAAUGUAAGAGAGUUAAGGAUGGUGAAGAGUUUGUGAAGAGGGAUGAUAGAGGGAUAAAGAAGAGAGUUGUCAAGGAAGAGUGUAAAGGAAGUGAGCAGGGGAGAUGUGGUGUUGAGAGCAUGGAUAGAAAUAGGUUCCCGGAGUUUCCGACUGGGCUUACGAGAAAUGAGUUUUUACAACGUGUGAGUUCACUCCCUUUAGCUGAUGGAGAUGAGUGGACAUUUCAAGAAGAUCAAAAUAUUCUGAAACUUUAUCAAGAACUUGGAGCGAACUGGACAAGAAUUUCAGUGUUUACAGAUGAUAAAAGUGCAGAGCAUGUUAAGCAACGUUUUAGAAAUUUGCUUAGUUGGGGUGCUUAUAGCUAUCAAAAACAGAUUCAUGCAGAGGAUCCAUUAAGAUCGAGACCUUCAGAUAUUGCUGAGUGAGUUAAAUCACUAAUAAAAGAAUUACCUGGACAAAAAAAUAAUGGCCAAAAACUUUGUAGCAAAGUAAAAUUUGAAACUUGAGCAAACAUAUCCGAAUCAGAUGAUUCAGGGGAUUCUGAGUUUUCAUAUCUGUCUAUCCAAAACUUUUUAUCCAAACGGAUUACUCCCUUAAACCUCAGAAAUCUUUUGCCAAAACCACUACCAAACAAUCUCUCCAAAUACGUUUUUAAUCUAUACCAAGUGCUUGCUAAAAUUCCGUCAAAAAUGGGAAUGAACAAAUGGACUGAGCAGGAAGAUGAACUUCUGAUCAAACUUAAGCAGCAGAACCCUGGGGCUCAGAAGAAGUACUUUGUCAAGUUUUUUAAAGGGAGGACUGUGAAAGGGAUAGAGCAUAGGUGGGCUAAGAUAAAUCCUUUGUUUGCUCAAGGUAAAUGGGACCAGUAUGAGAAGGUUCAGCUUUUUGAGAAGGUAUUUGAAGUUGUAUCUGCCAAUAAUCAUCUUAUAAGGCAAGCAUUGGAUACUCAAAGACAUAAAGCAGAUGUCAAGCAGCAGAUAUACAGAAUUAAGGAAUUAGCUGCCUUUGGAUAUCUUGGAGUAGAUUAUAAAAUUGGAAAGACCAAGAUUAAACCAGAGAGAAAAAGAGAAUCAAAAGCUGAAAUAAAGUCAUCUCAAAAGAUCCUCAAAUUUGAAGAUACUUACAAUACGAUAGAGAAUAUUCAAAACAUACAGAGAAGAAAUGGGAUAACCUUGAUUAAAAAAGAGGAAAAGAAUCUGGGAGAAUUUAAAGAUGAUAAACCUAUAUACCGAAUAUGUGGAGGAAUUAAAUCUAUAAACAGUACUCAAAAUAAUCUUUUAAAUAUACCAAAAGGACUCUGUAGGGAGGAAUUCCUCCAUCGUAUAAACUCAUUGCCUUCAGCCGAUGAAGACAAAUGGAUAGCUCAAGAAGAUCAAAAACUCCUCCAGCUUUACCAACAGCUUGGACCCUCAUGGACACAAAUUUCAGUAUUUACAGAUGGUAGAAAUGCAGAGCAAGUCAAGCAACGCUUCUGCAGUUUACUCAGCUGGGGUGCCUACAACUACCAACGGCAGAUAUGUGCAGAAGACCCAUUGAACUCGAGGAAGUCAGAUAUUGACGAAUGAGUCCAAGUGUUACUAAAGGAAUUGAUUGAAAAGAAAAAUAAAACAAAAGGAUUGAUGAAACCACCAAAAUUACAAUCUCUAAAAUUUUCGAAAAACCAAAUGAGUAUAAAAAAGUGGACUAAAGAGGAAGACAAUCUGCUCGUCAAAUUGAAACAACAAAACCCUGACUCUCACAUGAAAACAAUGGUCAAAUUCUUUGAAGGGAGGACCUUAAGAGGUAUCCAACAGAGAUGGAACAAGAUUAACCCAUCCUUCACCCAAGGAAAAUGGGAGCAGCAUGAAAAGUUCCAGCUUUUUGAGAAAAUAUUUGAUGUUAUUAAUGCCAGCAUUGACCAGAUAAAGAAAUCUUUGGAUACUAGGAGACAGAAAGUCGAUGUUAAUAAGCAGAUUAAUGUGUUUAAGAAGGCAGCUGGAGGAGCAUACCUUGGUCCUAACUAUGAAGUUAAAGCAGAUAGAGUAAAACCUGAGAAGAAGAGAGAGUCUAAAGCUGAUACUAAGGAGUUGUAUAAGAGAAUGAAACUUGAAGAAACUUAUGAUGCUAUUGGUCAGAUACAUAAUAUUCAAAAAGAUAUUAAUAAGAGGCUAGUUAAAAAAGAAUCAAAGUAUAACGAGGAUUCUUCAAACUAUCGAUCAAGUGAUUCAGAGGAUAGUAAGUCAUAUGCGAAUGAAAGGGGAGAUCAAUCCUUUCCUCAUUUAAAAAAAGAUCUGACUCAUGAUAUCUCCAAAGGAGAUCAGAAGUAUACUUUUGAAGAAGACUCAGGAAUUCUUAAACUAUAUCAAAAUAUAGGCCCUGAUUGGUCUAGAAUUUCCUUAAGUACAGACGGAAGAAAUGCACAGCAAGUGGAAAAGCACUUUUGUAAUUUACUCUCCUGGGGAUCUUACAAGUUUGGUCAAAAAGUUGACAUAAAAUUUCCCUUAAAAACAAAACCCUCCAGAAUAGCUAAAUGCAUCAAGACUCUACUUAAAGAAGAUAUCAGGGUAGAAGGUAGAUCAAAGGAACUGGCUAGCAAAAUAAAAUUCGAGAGCUGAGCUAACAUAUCAGACUCAGAUGACUCAGGCGGAUCAGAAUUCUCUUACUAAUUUAAUACCUCCGCUUAUAAUUCUUCUUAAACCUUCCAUUA